AUGAAGGCUGUUGGUAUCCUCUCCAUGGCCACGGCCGCCUCGGCCGCUCCCCUCCUGGGUAAUCUCCUCGCCACGGUUGAGGGUGUCGCCGGAAGCCUGCCCGUCGUCGGCGACCUCCUCACCGACCUCCCGGUCACCGACCUCGUCAGCGGUGUCAUCAACCGUCUCCCCGUUGACGACCUCGUCGACGCUCUCCCCAUCGAGGAGAUCGUCAGCAACCUGCCCGUCGACCAGAUCCUGGCCGCUCUGCCCAUCCAGGACAUCAUCAGCACCCUCCCCCUCAAGCGCGACGUCGUCGACGCCGAGGUUGCCGCUGACAUCAACCUGAAGCGCGAUGUCACCGUCUCGGCCGACGUCGACGCCGAGGUUGACGGCCUGGCCCAGCUCUCCGUCGCCCUCGACAAGCUGUCCCUCUCCGACCUCCUGAGCGGCCUCACCUCGUCGCUCCCCGUCAGCAGCCUCGUCCAGGCCCUGCCCGCCGAGGACAUCGUCAACGCCCUGCCCGUCCAGGACGUCAUCAACCUGCUCCCCGUCAGCGGCAUCGUCUCGCGCCUCCCCGUGAAGCGCGACGCCGCCAAGCGUGACGCCAGCACUGUCACCGAGACCCCCGUCGUCAGCGACCUGCUCGACCGCAUCCCCACCUCCAAGCUCCUCCAGGCCGUCGUCGCCCUCCUCCCCGCCAAGGACAUCGCCCAGCAGCUCCCCGUCUCCUCCAUCGUCUCGCGCCUCCCCGCCGCUGACAUCCUCGCCGCCCUCCCCGAGAGCGUCGUCUCCAAGCUGCCCAACGCCAAGCGCGACGUCGAGCAGGAGGAGUUCGCCACCACCCGCACCAUCUCGUACGCCACCACCUCGACCUGGGCUACCACCUCGACCUGGGCCACCACCGCCACCGCCCUCGCCGGUGUCGCUACCGGUGGUGCCCCUGUUGCCAGUGCCGCCGCCAGUGCCGCUACCGGUGGCGUCCCCGUCGCCAGUGCCGCCGCCAGUGCCGCUACCGGUGGCGUCCCCGUCGCCAGCGCCGCCACCGGUGCCCUCCCCGUCGCCACCUCCGGCGCCGAGGUCGUCUCCAACAUCCAGAGGACCAUCACCCUCGUCAAGGUCUACACCGGCAAGAUCAACUCUACCGUCACCCGCGUCCAGGACGGCACCAUCACCAAGGAGGAGGGUCUCACAAUCUCCAUCAAGGUCCUCAAGGGCAUCAAGAUCGAGCUCGAGGCCCUCGUCGCCUCCGUCACCCUCGAGAACGGCACCCUGGUCAUCAAGUCUGACCUCCUCGUCCAGAUCGUCAGCCUCCUCCAGGUCCUGAUCGUCGAGAUCGUCGCCACCGUCAACAACCUGGUCGUCCUCAUCGGCCUCCGCCUCCAGCUCGCCUCGCUGCUCCACGCCAUCUUCGCUGUCGUCGCCAACCUCCUCGUCAUCCUCAACGCCGUCCUGGUCGGCCUCAUUCCCACCCUCCUCGAGGCCCUGAGCCCCGUCCUGGACGUCCUCAUCAACGGCAUCCUGGGCCCCAUCCUGUCGCCCGUUGUCGGCCUUGCCCCCCUCAAGCUGUAA